AGAAAAAUAAGAUGAUGAAUACAUGUGGAAGAAGAUAAAUAUGGAAUCUUUUAUUUUUUGGUCAACAGAAUCUUGAAGAGCCCAAAACAACAACAACACUCGGAGACUUUUUAGGGCUCAUCCCCGAAUUAUCAGUGCAAGUGGAUCGAAUUAAACCAAAAUCAAAACUAAGCAACCUAACUAACCAUAUCUUCCGAUUUCUCUUAUCUCUCUGAAGCCACAAAUCUCCAGAUUCAUUCGUCGUCUCGGUUAAGGUUAGACGGAGAAGAAGAUACAACAAAUAUGGCGGUUAGUAUGAAACAAAUGUCGUUGGUCGUCUCUGCUUUGGGCGUCUUAUCCUUUGUUUUGGGAGUUAUCGCCGAGAACAAGAAGCCUGCGUCUGGGACUCCAAUAAGUGGAAAAGGAGUAGUUAUCUGCAAAUACCCAUCUGAUCCAACUGUUGCCUUGGGAUACCUUUCUGCUGCUUUUCUCCUUGCCUGCACUGUAGCAGGAUACAAAUCCUUGUUCAUCUCUUACAAGGGAAAGUCUGUUCCUAACUCUGUCUUGUUCAAAAGCACCAGCUUCUCUGUGUUCUUCAACAUUGCCUUGAUAACAUCUGGACUGGCCUUGUCUCUGUUGCUCUGGCCAACCAUUACAGAACAACUUCACUUGACCCGUAAUGUUCACCGAAACUUAGAAACCAGUUGCCCCACGGCUAAGACCGGUCUGCUUGGUGGAGGUGCCUUUGUGUCUUUGGACUCGUGCCUUUUCUGGUUGGUUGCUCUGAUGCUCGCUGAUAACGCCCGUGAAGACCAUUUUGAUGAAGUUGAAAGCAGAAGCAUCGAUGGGAACUCUUCCUCCAGGGAUGUGAAUCUCAAGAUUGAUGCUUGAGAGAAUGAUAUGCUUUUAUUGGUAUUGGGUAUAAGAAGGGUUUUUCAUUUGUUUUCUACUUGUUUGAUUAGGAAAAUAAUAAUUUGUUUCUUCUGUUGUUUUUUUUUUUUUUAAUGAUUGGCUAGAAUGUUAUGAAACCCAUCUCUGCACCUUGAUGCAUUGUGAUUCAUAAGCUGUAUCUGUGAAAAAUAAUCUUUUGGUUAUAUCUCUUACAUUUGACAUAAUUGAUAUGAGAAAGCACUUCAAAUCA